CGGGGGUUGCGGGAGAGGGGUAGGUUGGGGUCCGAGCCCACCUGGUCUCAGAGCGCCGUCAAACCAUGCCUGGGCCAGCGGCGGGCGACGGAGGCCUCCGUCCUAGCAGAAGGGCGGGUGCCCGGCUAGCGAUCCCCUAGAUGGGAUCAGCUGGGUCCCUGAGCGGUAAACAAAGGCCGUCGUUUCCGUUCCUCCCCAACACGCCCCUCCCUGCCCCUCCCUCCCACCCCUCACCCAGCGCGUCUGAGAGCCUGCGGAGUCCGCCUUAGUCUGAUAAUCGGGGAAGGAUGGGUUUGCUUCUCAAACUGGGUUGAGGGCAAACCCAGCUGACGUUGGAUGAAGGGGAGAAAUCGUCACUCUGAGCUUGAUUCCAGAAAAGAGGGGAGGUGUAGGGAUGGCAGACGGGAGGAACCUGGGGACUUGGUGGGUCAUCUCCUGCUUUGGAAGAAAGGAGUCUUACUAGGGUGGAUCCUAAUAUGUAGAGAUGAGGAACAACCAAGUAUCCAGAUCUCAACACUUCUGUUUGCAACACUGUACAUCCUCUGCCACAUCUUCCUGACCCGCUUUAAGAAGCCUGCUGAGUUCACCACAGUGGAUGAUGCAGAUGCCACAGUCAACAAGAUUGCGCUCGAGCUGUGCACCUUUACCCUGGCAAUUGCCCUGGGUGCUGUCCUGCUCCUGCCCUUCUCCAUCAUCAGCAAUGAGGUGCUACUCUCCUUGCCUCGGAACUACUACAUCCAGUGGCUCAACGGCUCCCUAAUCCAUGGCCUCUGGAACCUUGUUUUUCUCUUCUCCAACCUGUCCCUCAUCUUCCUCAUGCCCUUUGCAUAUUUCUUCACUGAGUCCGAGGGCUUUGCUGGCUCCAGAAAGGGUGUCCUGGGCCGGGUCUAUGAGACAGUGGUGAUGUUGAUGCUCCUCACUCUGCUGGUGCUAGGUAUGGUGUGGGUGGCGUCAGCCAUUGUGGAUAACAACAAGGCCAGCAGAGAGUCACUCUAUGACUUCUGGGAGUACUAUCUCCCCUACCUCUACUCAUGCAUCUCCUUCCUUGGGGUUCUGCUACUCCUGGUGUGUACUCCACUGGGUCUCGCCCGCAUGUUCUCCGUCACUGGGAAGCUGCUGGUCAAGCCCCGGUCUCUUCCUUUCCCCUGCCCCAAGUUGCUGGAAGACCUGGAGGAGCAGCUGUACUGCUCAGCCUUUGAGGAGGCAGCCCUGACCCGCAGGAUCUGUAAUCCUACUUCCUGCUGGCUGCCUUUAGACAUGGAGCUGCUACACAGACAGCUCCUGGCUCUGCAGACACAGAGGGUCCUGCUGGAGAAGCGGCAGAAGGCUUCAGCCUGGCAACGGAACCUGGGCUACCCCCUGGCUAUGCUGUGCUUGCUGGUGCUGACGGGCCUGUCUGUGCUCAUUGUGGCCAUCCACAUCCUGGAGCUGCUCAUCGAUGAGGCUGCCAUGCCCCGAGGCAUGCAGGGUGCCUCCUUAGGCCAGGUCUCCUUCUCCAAGCUGGGCUCCUUUGGUGCCGUCGUUCAGGUUGUACUCAUCUUUUACCUAAUGGUGUCCUCAGUUGUGGGCUUCUAUAGCUCUCCACUCUUCCGGAGCCUGCGGCCCAGAUGGCAUGACACCGCCAUGACACAGAUAAUUGGGAACUGUGUCUGUCUCCUGGUCCUAAGCUCAGCACUUCCUGUCUUCUCUCGAACCCUAGGGCUCACUCGCUUUGACCUGCUGGGUGACUUUGGACGCUUCAACUGGCUGGGCAAUUUCUACAUUGUGUUCCUCUACAACGCAGCCUUUGCAGGCCUCACUACACUCUGUCUGGUGAAGACCUUCACUGCAGCUGUGCGGGCAGAGCUGAUCCGGGCCUUCGGGUUGGACAGACUGCCACUGCCCGUCUCUGGUUUCCCCCGGGCAUCUAGGAAGACCCAGCACCAGUGACCUCCAGCUGGGGGUGGGAGGGAGAAAACUGGACACUGCCAUCUGCUGCCUAGGCCUGGAGGGAAGCCCAAGGCUAGCUGGACCUCAGGACCUGGAAUCUGAGAGGGUGGGUGGCAGAGGGGAGCAGAGCCAUCUGCACUGUUGCAUAAUCUGAGCCAGAGUUUGGGACCAGGACCUCCUGCUUUUCCAUACUUAACUGUGGCCUCAGCAUGGGGUAGAGCUGGGUGACUGGGUCUAGCCCCUGGUCCCAAAUCUGUUUACACAUCAAUCUGCCUCACUGCUGUUCUGGGCCAUGCCCAUAGCCAUGUUUACAUGAUUUGAUGUGCAAUAGGGUGGGGUGGGGGCAGGGAAAGGACUGGGCCAGGCCAGGCUUGGGAGAUAGAUUGUUUCCCUUGCUUCUGGCCCAGCAGAGCCUAAGCACUGUGCUAUCCUGGAGGGGCUUUGGACCACCUGAAAGACUAAGGGGAUAGGAGGAGGCUUCACCCAUCAGCAAUAAAGUUGAUCCCAGGAUUUGCUUUGUUUUUUUAAA